AUCGAUAUCGGCAGCCAGCGCACACAUAGUGCAAAAGAGUUUGCGAAAAAACCUGGACAAAAAGAUAAAUUGAUUGCCUUCCGCGCAGCUUGAGGAAGCAGGAGUUGCCCGACGACCAGUGCCGUGGAGUGCUCUAUCCACGUGGCCGUGGUGGCACCAAGAAGCUAGCGAUACCCUCGCCACUGGAGUGCUCCCAUCUUCCACCUCCUCCAACUCCGUCUUGGGGCAAAAGGCAGAAAAGCAGCAGAGACUUCGUGACGAGCAGCGGGGCAGCGGGGACUGGCACUGGGCUGCUGGGUCUAGCGUGGAAAUAAACAAACGGGUCGGAUUCCGGGUCCGGGUCGGAGGAACGGGGCGUGGCUCGCUAACCAGCGGCUUGGCAAACAAAACCGGAGGCGGCAACAAGUAGGCGGCAGGCAUGGACGUGUCGCUCACUGAAGCGGAGACGCGAUUCUACAGUGAGCUGUUCCAAUGCUGCGACGUGGAGAAGACGGGCAAGGUGCCCAUGCUGAAGGCGACCGAGCUCUUCCGCUCGGCAGACAUCGCCAACGAGAUUGUGAUUGAGAUCACCGGGCUGGCGGGGAUUCCCUCUACGGCAUUGCACAUCUCGCGGACGCAGUUCUACUCAUGCCUGAAGCUGAUCGCCGCCCACCAGGCGGCAAUGCCGCUGCGCCAGGAGCUGAUCUUGGCCACUUUUCCGCUACCACUGCCGCACUUUAGCUGGAAGGAGGCGGUCACAGCUCCGGUGGCUGUCGAAAAUGGAUUGGCUGCCUUGCCCCCGCCGCCGCCCACAGAUCGUAGGAACUCGCUGCGUCGCAACUCGCAGCAGGAGCAGCUGCAGGACACUUCUGAUGUGCCCAGCACCGACUCCGAGGUGGAGCAAAACGAAUCCGUGGACGAGGCGACGGGCCAUGGACGUGGCACGGAUGGCAGCGGGAUCGUCAGCAGCAGCAGCCGCGAGAAUGUUGGGCGACGCCGAGGCGGCGGUGCUGCUGGUGGUUCUCCCGAAGCCUGGAGCACCAACAGCGACAGCCCCACACCCACCAACAGUGUGGCCCUCUGGCAGGGAUUGUUGGGCGACGAGCACCGCCAGCUACUGGGCACGGAGGAGGAGUCCUCAGAUCGCCACAGCAGCGAUGAUGAGGAUAACGAGAGCGAGCUGGUGACCAUCUACGAGAUAACUCCGGAGCAGCGCGAGUACUAUAACAAGCAGUUCAGAACGGUCCAAAGGGAUCCACAUGGACAGCUAUCCGGCCAGGCAGCAAGAAUCUUUUUCGAAAAGAGUCGCAUUCCUGUAGAGGAGUUGCGUCACAUCUGGCAAUUGUGCGACGUUACCCGUGAUGGAGCGCUGAGCUUGUCCGAAUUCACGGCCGCCAUGCACCUGGUGGUUCUGAGACGGAACAACAUUCCGUUGCCCACCAGCCUGCCCCACUGCCUGCAUCCCAACGUGCUCCAAGCAGCUGCGUCUGGCAGUGGACAGGGAGUCACCUCCUCAUUGUCAGCUGCGCUGCCUCAGGAGCCGCCUGAGGCUGAUCUCCUGCAUCUGAAUGAUGACGAUGAGGACGACCACACGGACAAUACAAUCAUAGCCGGCAAUCUCAGCGGCGGCAGUUCCACCAGCAAGCCGCGUCCCAACGUGCCCAGCGACAAGAACAUCAUGAAUCUGAGCAGCAUUUCCACGUCCUCGCAGGCAAGCAACAGUUCCAGGCGUGAGGCCACACCGCAGAAUUCUUUGGCCAAGAACCGCAGCAUCUCGAACUCACCUAGUGUGGAAAAAGCGGUGACGGGGGCUGUUUCAUCUACUGCAAAUGCUGUAGAUGCGAGCAACGCCUCCACCCAGUGGACAAAGUUCAGCGAAUCUCCCACAACAAGUGCUGCUCCGUUGCAGACAUCCACUGUUGUUGCUGCCGGAGCUGCUGCUCCUGCCGUCUCUAGUCCCGGGCUAAAACCAGCCCUGUUCGACAUGAAGCGCUCUGCCCAGGAUGUGGUCUCCAAUCCACAGAUCCUACACCCAGUGCCGCUAAGAGUGACGCCCAUAGGCACCGCCAUCGCUUCCUCGGCUGAGUCAUCCAACGACAAUGAAAGCGUUGUGGUUCUGCGCGAGGAUAGUCCCAAGGCCAUUUCUUCGACCACAGUCAACAAUCAGUCAUCUGGAUCUGCUGUUUCAACGGGAGUAUCGGGAGCCACAGGCUGCCAUCGCGAGAGCAGCGAUCUGCGUGCCAUCCAACGGCCUCAGGCCAAAAAGCUGCCGGCCAAGAAUAGUGCAUUGCCACCGCCACCACAGCGAGAGCCGAGCAUCGGAUCUACUGGACCAAGUGAGCCCUCGGAGCCACAGGUUGCUUUCGUGGCGUCAUCGUUGGCGUCCAAGAAGGAACCACCGCCUUUGCCGCCGCCGAGACCACAUCGUCAUGCGCGAAGCAGCAGCCUGGAUUUAAACAAGUUUAAAAUGGGCGCAACGGGUGGUGCCCAGCAGGCGGAGAUCACUGCGCAGGCCAGCUUCGAUAUGCAAACCUCAACAGGGUUUGCCGAUUUCACGCACUUUGCCGACGAAGGCGCCGCGAACGUCGUGGACGAACAGCAGCUACACUCUUUGCCGCCGACAGCACCUCCUCCACAGGCAGCAGUGGUGCCGCCCACGAGGAUUACUCUUCAGCAGGCUCAGCAGCGCGUUUCCGCUUUCGAGGUUUACCGGAAGCCGCAGACGCCGCGCGGAUCGCAAUCGCCGCCCCAACAGCCUCCACCGCCGGCUCCUGCUCUGGGACUAGCCACGCAAUCCGGCCAGCUGCCCAGCGCUGAGAGCUUUGAGAAGCGGGUGACCGCCAUAAGCGACUCGCUGCGCCACGUGUCCUUUAAACAUGGUCAGGCCGGCACCACGGAGGUGUUGCAAAGGCUGCGUGAGCAGAACAAUUCACUGCUCCACCUGUGCAACGAUUUAAGCGACGAGCUGUUGAACGUCCAGACGCGCAAGGAGGAGAUGCGACUCAAGCUGGAGGGACUCAGUGCCGGUGAUGCUACCGGCCGAACGAGCUCGUCGAUAUCAGCCCCGGUGACAGCGAAUGUGACCGGUGGAUCCUCUGGUUCGGCAGGUGCUGCUUAUACCAACGUUUGAGCAGCGAAAAAUAAUCAUGUUUACUGGGGUGAAUCGAUUUGUUCGACAAUUUGCUUGUUGGACAACUUUUGAGACACGUUUCUGUCUAAGACCUUGCAUCUAUUUUUAUUAUCUCUAAAGCCAAAAAUUUAACAUUCCUUUUAAUGUGUUAUCAUUUUUCUAAAGCUAUUAACUAAAUCUUUUUUCUAAACUGCAUACUAGACUUAUAUUGGUCCUUAGACUGCCUUUAUAUAACAAUUAUUUGGUUUCCAAAAAUGCUAAAAAAGAAUAUUACGAUAUCUAAGUGAAUGCUAAAUGUGUUUUCUAACAAAUGGCACAGUUAAAUAUUACAUCAAAAAAGUUGUGAUGAAUUCAACCUUGACUAACAUUCACUUGUUUUUCAUUCAAACAAAUCGAUCCACCCUUAAUGUUUAACACUUAUUUUGUUGUUUCUGUAUGUUGCAAGCACAAUUCACUGAUCGGGGUAUUUACUCAACGAUAAGACUGAGCAAUCAUUUGAGUAAGCAAACCAAAUUUCCGUCAAAAUUGCUUCUUAUUCAUGAAAAUGUUUACACACAGUCUGUGGACAAACGAUCACAAGAUAAGUAAACUUUUAUAUUUCGUGAAUUCAAAUUGCUUACUCAAAAGUUGGCUCAGUUUUAAACUGAUAAAACCGAUGAAGCAGGUACCGCGUCCGUUUAUGCAUUGAAGUUGCUAAUUUAAUUUGUAGGCUAGUUAAAUCUCAAGAACACAAACAAAUCAUGCGAGAACAACAACAAUAAUGCCGCCUCUAUAGAUAUUUAUGCAGAUCGAUUUAUAUAUAUAUAUGUAUAUGUAUAUUAAGAGAUAUAUGUAUAUGCGCUUCUCCUAAUUGUUCGCUUGACAGCCACCCGUAUCUCACCCUCACCCUAGUGAUUAAUGAAACUGCCACAAAGUGGUCCAAUCCCAGCUGUAAUAUUUCCUGCUGCGAGGGCAUUUUUAUUUCCAAUUUGCUAUUUAUUAAUGUUGUGUGUAUGCCUCGAAAAUGUCCCCUUCUAUUCAUUCCGGCAAUGAAAACUAACUUAGAAAACAAAAAGAAUCACAAAAACGAACCUAAAAAGAAAAAUAAUAAAAAGCCUGGCUUAAUGUUUAAGUAUUAGAAAAGUCAAAGGUAAAAAUUCGACAUCAAACUAAUUUCCUUGAAAGCUUAGCUUAGGUUUUUCAAAAAAUAUAUACCUAUUAAUAUAUUUUCUAUCUGUAUAGUGUACACGAAUACACAAACUACUUGAUAUUAUGUACAUUUACCAAAAUUUCUGUCUACGACUAAAGGAAAAGAAAAUAAGAUUGAAACAGGAGACAAAUUUAAUUUACCCGGACCACUAAAUGUGUACGUAUAUGCUAACUUCGAAUUUAUCAGAUAUACCGGCAUAUAUCACUUCUUUUGCAUACUUAAAACCACUAGAUGUAUGAGUUUUUCUUCAACUUGUUAAACAUUUUCAAAGACCUACCACACACAAUCACACGAAAAACGAAACAAACGACAUGUAAUGAAAAGAAAAAAGUGAUAUUGAAACACUAUGUAAGCAUAUUAUUACGUGGCUGCGUAAUCAAUGUGUAUUGUUUUGAUGGAUAUACAUCUCUAUGAAUAAAGAUAAAUGUAUUAAGUUGAUGUUGAAAUGCUAAAAAAAAAGUAAUAAAAACGAAAGUGCAACGGAA